GGUUAGAACUUCAACGAAUUUUCAAUUCUCACGACAACCAUUUGACAACAAGAAGCAAUGUGUACGCUCAACUUCCACGACCCACCUACCCCUGUUUCUUGUUUUGACUAGCAGUAAUUAAGCUUGCUUAGCGUGUGACGACCAUGGAAGUUUCUGGUGCCUGAAGGUCAAAAUCCUGCGGUUUUUAGGUGAAAUUUCUCCUUUUAUGAUUGAAAUUCUUCUCCUUUACUCAUCAAGACUCGAUUUUGGAACUUGGGUCUUUCUUAUUUUCUGUUAUUAUGAUUACUUUUGUGAAAAUUUGAUCAUUGGUAACUUGGGGCAUUGAAGUGGUAGAAGAACCCUAAUUGGAGGAGAUCCAAUUCAGUUUCUUGUUCGAUGAAUCGGUUUCCUUGAUUCAUUGCGUUGCAAUCCCUUCUGUUUCUAUGGUUUUUAGGCUCUGCUGAGUACUGAGAACUGCAUAUUUGUUUUGGAUGACUUGUGUUUUUCAUCAAUUUGAAUUCGAUUCAGUCGUUCUUGUUGUUUCGAACUUCUUUAUUCCUUGUGGUGCUUUGAGUUAGGUGGCAAUGUCAAUUGUAUGUGGGCUUCCUCUCCUUGAAUGUGUUUACUGUCUAGCUUGUGCGCGCUGGGCAUGGAAACGAUGCCUUCAUACUGCAGGCCAUGACAGUGAGAGUUGGGGUCUUGCUACUGCUGAAGAAUUUGAGCCUGUACCUCGACUAUGCCGCUAUAUUCUGGCUGUCUAUGAAGAUGAUCUUCGGCAUCCCCUCUGGGAACCUCCUGGAGGGUAUGGGAUCAACCCAGAUUGGUUGAUCCUGAGAAAAACCUAUGAAGACAAUAGUGGGCGGGUUCCUUCAUAUAUAUUGUAUCUUGACCAUGAUCAUGCUGAUAUAGUUCUUGCCAUCAGAGGUCUUAAUUUGGCCAAGGAGAGUGACUAUCAAGUGCUUUUGGAUAAUAAGCUGGGGCAGCAGCAAUUUGAUGGUGGCUAUGUUCAUAAUGGACUGCUAAAGGCUGCAGUAUGGGUUUUGAAGGCAGAAUGUGAUACUUUAAGAGAAUUGGUGGAGAAGUAUCCAAACUAUACAUUGACAUUUGCCGGACAUUCACUUGGGUCAGGUGUAGCAGCAAUGCUGACAUUGGUGGUGGUGCAGAAUAGGGAAAUAUUAGGAAACAUUGUCAGGGAGAGGAUCAGAUGCUAUGCCAUCGCACCUGCAAGGUGUAUGUCACUAAACUUGGCAGUCAGAUAUGCAGAUGUUAUCAAAUCUGUGGUGCUGCAGGAUGAUUUCUUGCCAAGGACAGCAACACCAUUGGAAGACAUUUUCAAGUCACUUUUCUGUUUGCCGUGCCUACUAUGCCUAAGAUGCAUGAGGGACACAUGUAUGUCAGAAGAGAAAAUGCUUAGAGAUCCAAGGAGGCUCUAUGCACCUGGUCGCCUCUAUCACAUUGUAGAGAGAAAGCUUUUCAGAUGUGGGAGAUACCCCCCCGUUGUUAGGACAGGAGUGCCAGUGGAUGGGAGAUUCGAGCACAUAGUACUUUCUUGUAAUGCCACCUCUGACCAUGGUAUAAUAUGGAUCGAAAGAGAAGCCAGUAAAGCUCUAGAUUUAAUGCUGGAGGAAGAUAAGACCAUGGAAAUCCCGGCGAAGCAGAGAAUGGAACGACAGGAGACUUUGGCAAAAGAACAUAGUGAAGAAUACCAGGCUGCAUUGAAGAGAGCUGUUACGCUGGAUGUGCCCCAUGCUUACGCACCCUCUCCUUAUGGAACCUUCCAUGAGCCGCCAGAAGGGGAAAGGUCAAAUGAAUCCAGUGGUGAACCAUCUCUUCAACCAUCAAUGGUAACCACGGGCAAAGAAAGCUGGGAUGUUUUGAUCGAGCGUCUCUUUGACAAAGAUGAAUCCGGGCAUAUGGUGUUCCAGAGACCAGAGGACGAUGAUGGAUGAUGUAAUCUCAUGAUAAAUGUGUUUCCAGUAGAGGAUCACUUAGUUUAAACUACACAACAUUUUUUCAAUUCUAAAAUUCAUCAUUCAUUUAUUCAUUUGUAUUAUUUUGACAUCAAGAUAUCAGAAUUCAGUUUUGCGAUUCAAAGUACAAAAUCAAGUAACAACGAAAAGGAUAAAAAAUGAAAUCAGUUCAAGCAU